GUUUUUAUUAUAUAAUAAUGGUAAAUUGUAAAAUUUUGAAAAGUUUAGUUAUGUUUACUGAAUUUUGGUUGGAUAAAAAUUUGUAGGAAAUAAUUCAUCAGAAAAUAAUAAGUUUAUGAUUAAAAUUUUUAAAGUGUUUUUAAUAUAUGUGAAUUUAAAAUAGAUAUCUUUUUCGUACAACCAAAAUUAAAAGAUUUUUUUGUUUCCUAAAAUAGAAUAAAAUAUAGGAAACCCUUAUAUAUAUUUUAAUGAAGAAGUGUGGAAGGAAGGACGCGUUUUAUAGUUCUUUAACCCCUCGGCCCCUUGCUCUUUGGCGCCGCCCUCGUCUUCUUCGGACCAGUGAGUUCGUUUCUGAACAAGUGAUGGUGAAAGUUACAAAAUUUGUUUCUUCUCGUCCAUUAGUCAGCCUCAUCCUCCUGGUUGUUUUUGGGACCAUACCGAUCGUGAUAUGGUGUAUAGCAACUAAGAACAUAAGAAACAACGUUGAUUCACUCACCGAAGAUCUACGAUCAAGUCUAGUUUCUGAAAUUCAAAACAUCGGAAAUUUUAUCUAUCCAAAGACGAACUCAUCGACAAUCAGUUUAGCCAGCGUUAUAGACUCUUAUAUCACCAACAACAAUACACAUGAUUUCACGGAGAUUCAAACACAGAUCACACCAGUGUUGUUUCAAGCUUACUCAAGGAUCCCUGAGGUCUCACAAGUCUCCUACAUUAGUACAGAUGGUCUCUUGUUUUCUUACAUCACAAGAUUAAACACAAGUUCCGCAGUCUUUGCCAAUUCAAGUGGUGGAGACUACACUUGGUACACUCAAACCAUUGAUCAGAAAACCGGUCGUCUCAACGGUUCUCCAACGAGAUCUCAGCCGUUAGAUGUAACUCACACAGAUUGGUUCCUUGCAGCACAGAGAGAUCACACUACGGCAUUUGUGGGAACUGGUUUGGGAGGAGAAGACAACGAGACUCUGUUUCAGAGAGUGGUUAGCUUGGACAGCAAGAAAGGAGUUGUUUUGUUAGGGUUUCCGGUUAAAUCUUUUACCGAUGCAUUGAACCGUUUGAAUCUUUACGGUGGAGAGCUUUACAUGUGGACUAAGGACGGAACGGUCGUCCUUAGUUCACUGAAUGCUUCUUUCUUUAUCUCUAAUGAUUCCAUUUGCUUCGAUAGAGAACGGUCUCAAUGCAUCCCUAGAGAUUGCAGUUCCGGUAAGCUGAAAGAGAUCAAAAGAUCGAAACUCGAAGCUUAUUAUUGCUCUGUUCUUGAAGUAUCUGGCGUGCCUCUGACUUACACACUAAUGUUUGCAAACAAAGGAGAAGGCACAAGCAUCAGUAACGCGGCUAUGUAUAUGCUUGUUUUUAUGGCUGUUUAUGCCAUUUGCUGGCCUCUAGGGUUUGUUGUGUUUAUGGCCAGAGCAGCGAGAAGAGAGAUGGUUAUACGUUCAACGCUGAUAAACCAAAUGGAAGCAACACAACAGGCUGAGAGGAAGAGCAUGAACAAGAGUCAAGCGUUUGCAAGAGCUAGCCACGACAUUAGAGGCUCCCUUGCAGGGAUCACCGGUCUCAUUGAUAUCUGUCGUCAAGAAGUUGAACCUGGCUCUGACGUAGACGCUAGUCUUCAGCAAAUGAAUGUGUGCACCAAGGAUCUCGUUGCUCUGCUUAACUCUGUCUUGGACAUGAGCAAAAUCGAAAGCGGGAAGAUGCAGCUAGAGGAAGAAGAGUUCAACCUAGGCAAGCUUCUUGAAGACGUGGUCGACUUCUUCCAUCCCGUGGCGAUGAAGAAAGGGGUUGACGUGGUUUUGGAUCUUCACGACGGCUCAAUCUUAAAAUCCUCGAACGUGAGAGGAGACAGUGGCAAGCUCAAGCAAAUCCUGAACAAUCUUGUGAGCAAUGCGGUGAAGUUCACAGUGGACGGUCACAUUUCUAUCAGAGCUUGGGCUCAGAAGCCAGGUCCCAAGAGCUCUGUUGUCCUGGCAUCUGAACCUAAAGGAAGUGAUGUAGUAUCCAUGUUUUCAAAGUUUAUGUUGUGCAUGAAGAAAGAAGAGUACCGGUCUUCAUCAUCAUCAGCAAACUAUGAGAUGGAAAUAUCAAACUCCAUAAGAAACAAUGCGAACACGAUGGAGUUUGUGUUUGAAGUGGACGACACGGGGAAAGGGAUACCUGCGGAGAUGCGUAAGUCAGUGUUUGAAAACUAUGUUCAGGUGAGAGACACAGCUCAAGGACAACAAGGCACUGGACUAGGACUCGGCAUUGUGCAGUCUCUGGUACGGUUAAUGGGAGGAGAGAUAAGAAUCACUGACAAGGCGAUGGGAGAGAAGGGAACAUGUUUCCAGUUCAAUGUUUUGUUAACAGCCUUAGACACUCCUCCAGUUAGAGAUGAUGACAUUGAAGCGGCAGGAGGAGAUUACGUGAUAUCCACGCCAAACCUUGGCCUGACCAUAAACACUAAUUCUUUGGGAGGAGGUAGCAUGAUGAACAUACGUCACCUGAGCCCUAGAUUUAACAGCUGUCUCAGCUCCAGUCCGAAGCAGGAAGCGUCUCGAGUGGUUCUCCUGUUAAAAGAUGAAGAACGAAGAAGGGUCACAGAGAAGAGCGUAAAGAUUCUUGGGAUCAAAGUCACAGUGGUGGAGAAAUGGGAGCAUCUGAGUCAGGUCUUGGAGAGACUUUAUGAACUGAGAAUUGAAAACCACACUAGUGUCUCUGCUGCAUUCGUCCUUCUGAUGAUUGAUGCAAAUGCUGGACCAUCUUUCUCCGAGAUGAACGAAGUUGUCGAACGGUUUCGUAGAGGCUGCUUGCACCGUGAUGGCAUAAUCUUCAAAGUUGUUUGGCUUAACGAGCCUACAAACGGCCGUGGAAGUAGUGAGAGUGGGGACAUUUGCUGUUUGAAACCUUUGCACGGAUCGCGUCUUAACCGAGUGCUGAAGAUGUUGCCUGAACUUGGAGGAAUCGUUCCAAAUCCUAUUGGGAACUCACAAGGAACAACAAUAACAUCCAAUGCCGCACUCUUAGAAGGAAAAAGAGUUUUGGUUGUUGAUGACAAUCUUAUAGCACGUACAGUUGCAGCGAAAAAGCUGAAGAAUAUGGGAGUAUCAGAGGUCAGACAAUGCGACAAUGGAAAAGAAGCUGUGAGAUUAGUCAGUGAAGGGCUGCUAACACAAAGAGAGCAAGAACAAGAAGAAGGUUCAACAAAAAUGCUUCCGUUUGACUACAUAUUCAUGGACUGCCAGAUGCCAGAGAUGGGUGGAUCUGAAGCAACCAGAGAGAUUAGAAAAGUGGAGAGAAAAUAUGGUGUGCAUAUACCGAUUAUAGCUGUAUCAGGUCAUGUUCCUGGUUCAGAGAAAGCAAAAGAAACAAUACGAGCUGGAAUGGACGCCUUCUUAGAGAAAGAGAUGAAUCAUGACCAACUUGGGAAGAUCAUCAGAGAAAUAGAAAGCAAGAGGACUGUACAUGCAACGGUUGAGUAGGUGAUCUAACUAUGGAUAGGAGGACAUGUAUUAGCUGACAUGUUGUGUUACUGCUAAUAUCAUUUUGGUUUUUCAUCAAUUGUGAGAUCAUGAUAGAGUUUUUUUUUUUGGUAAAAUGGUAACAAGGAGUUUUGGUAUGUUUUUAGCUCCUUUGGUUCAAAAUUAUCUCUUGAGAUUCUCACUUGUCCUUUCACUGGAACAAUUAUUAA